AUGCGGUCUCUGGCAUGGCUUGUCUCUCUCCCCAUAGUAGCCGAAGCCGGCAAGGUCCGAUGGAGCGGGUUAUUCGACGCCUCUGCGAGCGUCGCUGACUUCGACGAAUGGUCGUGGUCUAACCAAGUCGGCGCUUAUCAGUGGUAUAUUCACGGAAGUGGAGCCACAGAAAAGUACCUAGGUCUCUCACCUGAGAACAAGAACCCGGCCGCCACAAAUGAGGAACAGGGAAUUCGGAUAACGAUUGAUGGCACGUCCUUCUGGAAUGGACAAACCAUGGAACGAUCCGAGAUCAUUCCCCAGACCAAGGCAGAUCUGGGGAGCGGACACCUGUUCUACCAUUUCUCGCUGAAGACAGAAGAGAAGAAUGCACCGAAUCCGAGCUUCGAGCAUCAGAUCGCGUUCUUCGAGAGCCAUUUCACAGAGCUGAAAUACGGCGCACUUAGCGGCACCUCGGGCGAUGAUAACAAACUCCGCUGGUGCAUUGGUGGAGUCUCGCACUGGGAAACUGAGUUGGAGGCAGGAAAAUGGUACAACUUCGCCUAUGAUAUUGAUUUCGACGCGAAAACUGUUGGACUGUGGGCGUCGAACGGGGCAGAUGACCUAAAGCAGGUUGUGCCCGCUGUCGGCGCGUCGACUUCGACAAACUCCGCGGAUUGGCAUGUUGGCGAGUUGCGACUCGAUAACGGGGGCAAGGAUGCGGCUCCGGAGGAUUGGUUCUGGUCUGGUAUUUUUGUCGAGGAGGCUCCGAUCACUGCUGGUAUUGCUGGUCCUGCAUGA